UGCUGUGAAUGGACCACUGGCUGACAUUGGACUCAAAAUCUAUGUUAAAAAUUCACUGCCAUGCUACCAAUUCAGCAAUGCAAUUUUAAGGUAAUUUGUUAUCUCUGGUCCUCUGUAACUCAAUUGGUAGAGCAUGGCGCUUGUAACGCCAGGGUAGUGGGUUCGAUCCCCGGGACCACCCAUACGUAAAAAUGUAUGCGCACAUGACUAAGUCGCAUUUGGAUAAAAGCGUCUGCUAAAUGGCAUAUUAUUAUUAUAUUAUGAUUUUGAUAAAUUAACUCUGAUCCAAACACGUAUCGACAUGUGGCUGGUACAGUCUGAAUGUGGUUGUGUUUAUUUUCAGCUGACAGCUAGCUAGGUGGGUAAACUAGCUGAACCUGUUUGUUGUUGUGAUUGUUUGUUAGUUAUAACAAAUCAUAUCGGAAUAAACUUGCAAGCCAGACGAUUUGAUAGCGUUGUUGUUUAAAGUGUUCUCCAAUGUGUCCCCUUGCCUUAGCAGUCAUGUGAAUGUCAGAGAUAAUGUAAAUAUUAUAUUAUUUGAGUUUGCCCCACAAAUAAAGGUUUAGCUGGCUAGCUACUGCUGUAGUAUAAAUGCUACUACAAUCUUUACUAAGAUUUGUCAGUUUGGACCAGUUAGUCAGCUCAUAAUCUGUAACCUAUUUCGUCAACAGGAAAGAAUCAGCACCUGUGAAUGUCGCAAGUCAUUGAUUCGAUGGUGUCCAGCUAGAGCUAACUACAGCUAUGUCUGUGGCCUCUCUCCUGCGAAGUGCCAUGAGGUAAAUAACCCACUAUAGUACUUACAUGAUCAUAUUUACAUCAUCACCUGCACUCGGAAUUGAUUUGUGAAAAGGACCACUCUUUGUUGUUAGUUAGGUUAGUUAGCUAGCUACAUAUCUUUUUCUGUCGGUGAUGUAAUGCAUGGUUUCCAAAACUCGGUCCUUGGGUUUUUUUUUUUUUCUGCUCUAGCACUACACAGCUGAUUCAAAUAACCAACUCAUCAUCAAGCUAAGGUCCCGUGUAGCUCAGUUGGUAGAGCAUGGCGCUUGCAACGCCAGGGUUGUGGGUUCGUUUCCCACGGUGGGCCAGUAUGAAAAUGUAUGCACUAACUGUAAGUCGCUCUGGAUAAGAGCGUCUGCUAAAUGACUAAAAAUGUAAAUGAUUUGAAUCAGCUGUGUAGUGCUAGGGCAGAAACAAAACGUGUACCAGGGAGGGGCCAUGACUGAGUUUGGGAGACCCUGAUGUAAUGCACAGCAGGCUCCCUUUGGACAUCAUGGUGACAACCCUUUAUCCUCACUCUCCGGUCCAUGUUGUUUUUCAGAGUGAGGAACAGACAUGUCGCUGCACAUUUGAUCCAUCAGAGAGCUCUUUCAGGGGCAGAUGCUAUCAAUGCACUUAGACCUUUCUACUUUGCAGUGCAUCCAGACUUCUUUGGCCAGCAUCCCAGGGAAAGGGUGAAUAAUGAUGUCCUGUCGUUGGCCAAAGAGCAAUAAUGUCCAUGUAUCAUAGAACUAUGUAGCAGGGCAAUUCCACAGUGACCUUUAACAAUUUCCAUUGAACAUUUUACAAAAAAACAUUUACUUGAAGAAGAGUGCAGAUGCAAAGUUUGGUAACAGAAUGACAAACAGCACAAACUGUCAUUCUGUUACCAAACUUUGCAUCUGCACUGUUCUUCAAGUAAAUGUGUUUUUGUAAAAUGUUCAGUGGAAAUUGUUAAAAGUACUACUUGUGCAUAGAGUUGUAUGGUUUGUUUAACUUUGCAUUCAUUGGUUUUUGUUCAACAUAUAUUUUAAAGUGAAAAAUAUGAGCCUCAGCAUCAUUCUGUUAUCGUGGAAUUGCCCAGCAGUCAAUCAAAACGUUAUUUGUGUAAUUCUCUUCAGGAAGUGAAUGAAAAUUCCCUCAAGAGACUCAAUGGUUAUUUGGAAAACCUUCAGAAGCCGGGAACCCGCUCAGUCCAACCGACAAAGCUCACCUUUUAUGUCAGGGACACAAAGGAGAAGGAAGUCUUUCAGCAGGACAUCCUUCCCCCUGGUAAUGUCCUUUUAGCCUGCUUAAAAGGUAGACUAAACUGUAUUGGUGUUUCUUGAUCAUUUGUUUUUUUCAUACCAUUUUAUGCAUGGAUGCGUUCCAAAUGAUACCCUAUGGUCCCUGGUGAAAAGUAGUGCACUAUAUAGAGAAUAUGGUGCCAUUUGGAAUUUAGAAUUUUUCUGUGACUGACUACGUUUGUAAUACAUUUGACUACAUUUCCCAGGGUUCCGUUCGGUCAGCUUCACUCUGCAGACCAAGGAUGUCCUCACCACCGUAAUGGACGUGUUGAAGUCCUGCAGUCUAUCCAUAGAGCACAUGAACGGACUGAAGGCCAGCUCAGAGUCACCCAAGAGCCAGCAGCCAGUGGCUGGGCCUGGUAACCCUUUCUACAGGCCCAUCAAAUGGGACAAAAGCUAUUACAGCUUCACUGGCUUCAGAGACCCAGAGCAGGAGCUGGAGCAGGCCAAGAGAGUAGAGCCCACACUAAGGUACUGUAUAAUGAAUACCUAACCAAAGCAAACGGUAACGUCUAAUGUAUGUAGAAUGACACAUUAGACAUUAGCGUCGCUUUAGCUCGAUCGCUUUUAACACUGUCAACUCAAAUUCACAGAUGCGUACCAAAGAGGGGUUUAAAAAGAAACAAAUGAUCUUGCUGUCUUAGUCACUGUCUGUGUACUUGCAUUCGUUCUAGUUGGUUCAUUCCUCUCACGCCUUGAGAGAGGUGACAUGCUAUACAGGCGAGCCAUUGGACUGUCUGUCUGAAGAGUUGUCUUUCUACUGCAGCUUGUGGCUGAGAACCAAUGAGAAGGAGGCUAUGAAGAAGCAGAACGCCAGUCUCCCUCGACGGGAUGAGCUGAAGAGACUCAAGAAGGAAUUGUGUCAGAAAUUUGCCUUGGAAGAUAUCAGGUAAUCAUCAACACUCUGAACAGCUAUUCCAUUCUGAUACACAAGAAGAAAACAUAUUGGUGAGUUUCAUUAAGUGCACAAUCUCCCAUGCAGGUAAAAACAUGAUGCAGAGCCAUAUAUUAAAUCAAAAUCAAAUUUUGUCACAUGCGCCAAAUACAACAUGACUCUGGUGCAAAGUACUGGUCCUAAGAAGUAAAGUGCAUAGACCCUAGAGCUUCAGAGGGUGCAUGUUGUUACUGUGUUAUACUGACCUACAGCUUCAUAAGGUGCAUGUUUGAGUUACUGUUUGACUGUGUUCUACUGACCUACGGUAUAACAAAAGGUGGUCAAUGUCAUUCCAAAGUAAUGUAUUAUCAAUGUUCUGUAGACUUUGAGCCUCAUCCUCCUGCUGUUGUUACAUCAUGACUGGUGAUCUCUACUCUGCUCCCUCUUGAACACCUGAUCUGAUGACAAUACCUCCUCCCUUCUGUAGGUGGCAGCGCAGCUGGGGAGUUACUCACAGAUGCUGUCAGCUCCAGAGUCUGAGCCGCCUCUCCCAGCAGAACCCUGAGGCUGUGCUCAACCUGCGAGGUAUACGCACCUGGAAGGGAGUCAAUAAGGGUCUUUAUGUCUUUUAAGAGUGGGCUUGAAUUGUCUAUUCUGUUGACAUUUUGAAAGCUGUCCUGACUGGCAGAGAAUGAUGAGUGAAUUGUAAUGAUGUAAGGUAAACAACUUUAUGUAUUCCUUGUUUUCUUUUAGGACACACUAUAAUAUUCACUGACCAAUCAGGGAUGAAUGCCUCAGGACAUGUGAUGCUGGGAACAAUGGAUGUUCAUCACCAAUGGACAAAAGUAAGACGCACGUUACAUUUCAGCCGGAAAAGAUACCGGUCUUUUUUAUCUUCAAGUUGCUCAUGUUCCGUGUUUGUGUGUGUCUCUGUGUGUGUGUGUCCUAGCUGUUUGAGAGUCUCCCCAGCUACCGUAGCCUGCACCAGCAGACAGAGUGGCUGAAGGAGAGGAUCAGCUAUGUGUUGGGAGGUAUCCAGGUGAUUGACAUAGAGAGACUGGGGCCUGUACAGCCUAUAGAGGAACACUGCAGCAUCCUCAACACCUUCCAUACGAGACUACUGGCCCGACGCCUAGCCCUGCACCCCAGGAGCAUGCAAGGCCUUGCCAUGACCCUGGAGAGGUAAGAGACCCUUCCCUAUCCACCACAGACCAUGUACCACACUGUCUACCAUGUACCACACUGUCUACCAUGUACCACACUGUCUACCAUGUACCACACUGUCUACCAUGUACAGUGUAUUCAGAAAGUAUUCAGACCCCUUCCCUUUUUCCACAUUUUGUGCGAUGGGACAAGGAAAUCCCGGCCGGCCAAACCAUUGCCUAACCCGGACGCUGGGCCAAUUGUGCACCUCAUGGGUCUCCCGGUCACAGCCGGCUGUGACACAGCCUGGGAUCGAACCCAGGUAUGUAGUGACGCCUCAAGCACUGCAAUGCAGUGCCUUAGACCGCUGCGCCACUCGGGAGGCCCCCUGAUUGAACAUGAUUUGGAAAGGCACACACUUGUCUAUAUAAGGUCCCACAGUUGACAGUGCAUGUCAGAGCAAAAACCAAGCCAUGAGGUCCAAGGAAUUGUCAGUAGAGCUCAGAGAUAGGAUUGUGUUGAGGCACAGAUCUGGGGAAGGGUACCAAAAAAUGUCUGGAACAUUGAAGGUCCCCAGGAACACCGUGGCCUCAUUAUUCUUAAAUGGAAGAAGUUUGGAACCACCAAACCUCUUCCUAGAGCUGGCCGCCCAGCCAAACUGAGCAAUCAGGGGAGAAGGCCCUUGGUCAGGGAGGUGACCAAGAACCCGAUGGUCACUCUGACAAAGCUCCAGAGUUCCUCUGUGGAGAUGGGAGAACCUUCCAGAAGGACAACCAUCUCUGCAGCAAACCACCAAUCAGGCCUUUAUGGUAGAGUGGCCAGACGGAAGCCACUCCUCAGUAAAAGGCACAUGACAGGCCGCUUGGAGUUUGCCAAAAGGCACUUAAAGGACUCUCAGACCAUGAGAAACAAGAUUCUCUGGUCUGAUGAAACCAAGAUUGAACUCUUUGGCCUGAAUGCCAAGCGUCAUGUCUGGAGGAAACCUGGCACCAUCCCUACGGUGAAGCAUGGUGGUGGCAACAUCAUGCUGUGGGGAUUUUUCAGCGGCAGGGACUGGGAGACUAGUCAGGAUCGUUGAAAGAUGAAUGGAGCAAAGUACAGAGAGAUCCUUGAGGAAAAACCUGCUCCAGAGCGCUCAGGACCUCCAGACUGGGGGGCGAAGGUUCACCUUCCAACAGGACAACGACCCUAAGCACACAGCCAAGACAACGCAGGAGUGGCUUCGGAACAAGUCUCUGAAUGUACUUGAGUGGCCCAGCCAGAGCCCAGACUUGAAGUUGAUCGAACAUCUCUGGAGAGACCUGAAAAUAUCUGUGCAGCGACGCUCACCAUCCAACCUGACAGAGCUUAAGAGGAUCUGCAGAGAAGAAUGGGAGAAACUCCCCAAAUACAGGUGUGCCAAGCUUGUAGCGUCAUACCCAAAAUACUUGAGGCUGUAAUCGCUGCAAAAGGUGCUUCAACAAAGUACAGUGGGGGAAAAAAGUAUUUAGUCAGCCACCAAUUGUGCAAGUUCUCCCACUUAAAAAGAUGAGAGAGGCCUGUAAUUUUCAUCAUAGGUACACGUCAAUGAUGACAGACAAAAUGAGAAAAAAAAUCCAGAAAAUCACAUUGUAGAAUUUUAAAGGAAUUUAUUUGCAAAUUAUGGUGGAAAAUAAGUAUUUGGUCAAAAACAAACGUUUCUCAAUACUUUGUUAUAUACCCUUUGUUGGCAAUGACACAGGUCAAACGUUUUCUGUAAGUCUUCACAAGGUUUUCACACACUGUUGCUGGUAUUUUGGCCCAUUCCUCCAUGCAGAUCUCCUCUAGAGCAGUGAUGUUUUGGGGCUGUCGCUGGGCAACAUGGACUUUCAACUCCCUCCAAAGAUUUUCUAUGGGGUUGAGAUCUGGAGACUGGCUAGGCCACUCCAGGACCUUGAAAUGCUUCUUACGAAGCCACUCCUUCGUUGCCCGGGCGUUGUGUUUGGGAUCAUUGUCAUGCUGAAAGACCCAGCCACGUUUAAUCUUCAAUGCCCUUGCUGAUGGAAGGAGGUUUUCACUCAAAAUCUCACGAUACAUGGCCCCCAUUCAUUCUUUCCUUUACACGGAUCAGUCGUCCUGGUCCCUUUGCAGAAAAACAGCCCCAAAGCAUGAUGUUUCCACCCCCAUGCUUCACAGUAGGUAUGGUGUUCUUUGGAUGCAACUCAGCAUUCUUUGUCCUCCAAACACAACGAGUUGAGUUUUUACCAAAAAGUUCUAUUUUGGUUUCAUCUGACCAUAUGACAUUCUCUCAAUCCUCUUCUGGAUCAUCCAAAUGCACUCUAGCAAACUUCAGACGGGCCUGGACAUGUACUGGCUUAAGCAGGGGGACACGUCUGGCACUGCAGGAUUUUAGUCCCUGGCGGCGUAGUGUGUUACUGAUGGUAGGCUUUGUUACUUUGGUCCCAGCUCUCUGCAGGUCAUCACUAGGUCCCCCUGUGUGGUUCUGGGAUUUUUGCUCACCGUUCUUGUGAUCAUUUUGACCCCACGGGGUGAGAUCUUGCGUGGAGCCCCAGAUCGAGGGAGAUUAUCAGUGGUCUUGUAUGUCUUCCAUUUCCUAAUAAUUGCUCCCACAGUUGAUUUCUUCAAACCAAGCUGCUUACCUAUUGCAGAUUCAGUCUUCCCAGCCUGGUGCAGGUCUACCAUUUUGUUUCUGGUGUCCUUUGACAGCUCUUUGGUCUUGGCCAUAGUGGAGUUUGGAGUGUGACUGUUUGAGGUUGUGGACAGGUGUCUUUUAUACUGAUAACAAGUUCAAACAGGUGCCAUUAAUACAGGUAACGAGUGGAGGACAGAGGAGCCUCUUAAAGAAGAAGUUACAGGUCUGUGAGAGCCAGAAAUCUUGCUUGUUUGUAGGUGACCAAAUACUUAUUUUCCACCAUAAUUUGCAAAUAAAUUCAUUAAAAAUCCUACAAUGUGAUUUUCAGGAUUUAUUUUCCUCAAUUUGUCUGUCAUAGUUGACGUGUACCUAUGAUGAAAAUUACAGGCCUCUCUCAUCUUUUUAAGUGGGAGAACUUGCACAAUUGGUGGCUGACUAAAUACUUUUUUUCCCCACUGUAAAGGGUCUGAAUACUUAUGUAAAUGUGAUAUUUCCGUUGUUUUUUAUACAUUUGCAAAAAUGUAUAGAAACCUGUUUUUGCUUUGUCAUAAUGGGGUAUUGUGUGUAGGGGAAAAAAAGUUUAAUACAUUUUUGAAUAAGGCUGUAACGUAACAAAAUCUGGAAAAAGUAAAGGGGUCUGUAAACUUUCUGAAUGCACUGUACCCUACUGUCUACCAGUUACCAGACUGUCUACCAGUGGGCCAAAAUACUCUGUUUAUGCAGCUCAUUGCUGUUCAUGGUUAUGAUUUUGAUGCUACUGUAAUACCAGCCUGUUUGAGCAGCGGUCCCCAAUUACACUGAACAAAAAUUAAAACGCAACAUGCAAAAUUUCAAAUACUUUUACUAAGUUACAGUUCAUAUAAGGAAAAACAGGGCAAUUGAAAUAAAUUCAUUAGGCCCUAAUCUAUGGAUUUCACAUGACUGGGCAGGGGCAAAGCCAUGGUGAGCCGGGAGGGCAUAGGCCCACCCACUUGGGAGCUAGGCGCACCAAAUGGCGAGCCAGGCCCAGCCAAUCCCAAUGAGUCUUUCCCCACAAAAGGGCUCCUGUUUUCAUUGAUCAUCCUUGAGAUGUUUCUACAACUUGAUUGGAGUCCACCUGUGGUAAAUUCAAUUGAUUGGACUCCCCAUUUGGUAGUUACAGUCUUGUCCCAUCGCUGCAACUCCCCUACGGACUCGGGAGAGGCGAAGGUCGUGAGCCAUGCGUCCUCCGAAACACGACCCUGCCAAGCCGCACUGCUUCUUGACACACUGUUCGCUUAAACUGGAAGCCAGCCGCACCAAUGUGUCGAAGGAAACACUGUCCAGCUGGCAACCGAAGUCAGCUUGCAGGCGCCCAGCCCGCCACAAGGAGUCGCUAGAGCUCGAUGGGACAAGGAAAUCCCGGCCGGCCAAACCAUCCCCUAACCCGGACGCUGGGCCAAUUGUGCACCUCAUGGGUCUCCCGGUCACAGCCGGCUGUGACACAGCCUGGGAUCGAACCCGGGUCUGUAGUGACGCCUCAAUGAGGCCACGGUGUUCUUGGGGACCUUCAAUGUUGCAGACAUUUUUUGGUACCCUUCCCCAGAUCUGUGCCUCAACACAAUCUUGUCUCUGAGCUCUACGGACAAUUCCUUGGACCUCAUGGCUUGGUUUUUGCUCUGACAUGCACUGUCAACUGUGGGACCUUUAUAUAGACAAGUGUGUGCCUUUCCAAAUCAUGUCCAAUCAGGGGGCCUCCCGAGUCCCUUAAAUGGAAGAAGUUUGCAACCACCAAACCUCUUCCUAGAGCUGGCCGCCCAGCCAAACUGAGCAAUCAGGGGAGAAGGGCCUUGGUCAGGGAGGUGACCAAGUCCGCGAUGGUCACUCUGACAGAGUUCCAGAGUUCCUCUGUGGAGAUGGGAGAACCUUCCAGAAGGACAACCAUCUCUGCAGCACACCACCAAUCAGGCCUUUAUGGUAGAGUGUCCAGACGGAAGCCACUCCUCAGUAAAAGGCACAUGACAGGCCGCUUGGAGUUUGCCAAAAGGCACCUAAAGGACUCUCAGACCAUGAGAAACAAGAUUCUCUGGUCUGAUGAAAUCAAGAUUGAACUCUUUGGCCUGAAUGCCAAGAGUCAUGUCUGGAGGAAACCUGGCACCAUCCCUACGGUGUAGCAUGGUGGUGGCAACAUCAUGCUGUGGGGAUGUUUUUCAGCGGCAGGGACUGGGAGACUAGUCAGGAUCGAAAGAUGAACGGAGCAAAGUACAGAGAGAUCCUUGAGGAAAACCUGCUCCAGAGUGGUCAGGACGUCAGACUGGGGUGAAGGUUCACCUUCCAACAGGACAACGACCCUAAGCACACAGCCAAGACAAUGCAGGAGUGGCUUCGGAACAAGUCUCUGAAUGUACUUGAGUGGCCCAGCCAGAGCCCAGACUUGAACUUGAUCGAACAUCUCUGGAGAGACCUGAAAAUAUCUGUGCAGCGACGCUCACCAUCCAACCUGACAGAGCUUAAGAGGAUCUGCAGAGGAGAAUGGGAGAAACUCCCCAAAUACAGGUGUGCCAAGCUUGUAGCGUCAUACUCAAGAAGACUUGAGGCUGUAAUCGCUGCCAAAGGUGCUUCAACAAAGUAAAGGGUCUGAAUACUUAUGUAAAUGUGAUAUUUCCGUUGUUGUUUUUUAUACAUUUGCAAAAAUGUAUAGAAACCUGUUUUUGCUUUGUCAAUAUGGGGUAUUGUGUGUAAAUUGAUGAGGGGAAAAAAAGUUUAAUACAUUUUUGAAUAAGGCUGUAACGUAACACAAUCUGGAAAAAGUCAAGGGGUCUGAAAACUUUCUGAAUGCACUGUACCCUACUGUCUACCAGUUACCAGACUGUCUACCAGUUACCAGACUGUCUACCAGGUACCAGACUGUCUACCAGGUACCAGACUGUCUACCAGGUACCAGACUGUCUACCAGUGGGCCAAAAUACUCUGUUUAUGCAGCUCAUUGCUGUUCAUGGUUGUGAUUUUGAUGCUACUGUAAUGCCAGCCUGUAGAGCAGCGGUCCCAAUUACACUGAACAAAAAUAUAAACGCAACAUGCAACAAUUUCAAAUACUUUUACUAAGUUACAGUUCAUAUAAGGAAAUCAGUCAAUUGAAAUAAAUUAAUUAGGCCCUAAUCUAUGGAUUUCACAUGACUGGGCAGGGGGCAGGGGCACAGCCAUAGGUGGGCCUGGGAGGGCAUAGGCCCACCUACUUGGGAGCUAGGCGCACCCACUGGCGAGCCAGGCCCAGCCAAUCCGAUAUGAGUUUUUCCCCACAAAAGGGCUUUAUUACAGACAAAAAUACACCACAGUUUCAUCAGCUGUCCGGGUGGCUGGUCUCAGACGAUCUCGCAUGUGGAGGUCCUGGGCUGGCCUGGUUACACGAGGUCUGCGGUUGUGAGGCCGGUUGGACAUACUGCCAAAUUCUCUAAAACGACGUCAGCGGCUUAUGGUAGAGAAAUGAACAUAAAAUUAUCUGGCAAUAGCUCUGGUGGACAUUCCUGUAGUUAGCAUGCCAAUUGCAUGCUCCCUCAAAACUUGAGACAUCUGUGGCAUUGUGUUGUGUGACAAAACUGCAUAAUUUAGUGGCCUUUUAUUGUCCCCAGCACAAGGUCCACGUGUGUAAUGAUCACGCUGUUUAAUCAGCUUCUUGAUAUGCCACACCUGUCAGAUGGAUAGAUUAUCUUGGCAAAGGAGAAAUGCUCACUAACAGGGAUGUAAACAAAUGUAUACUUUUUAUGCGUAUGGGAUCUUUUAUUUCAGCUCAUGAAACAUGGGACCAACACUUUACAUGUUGUGUUUAUAUUUUUGUUCAGUUACAUUCAGCCGUGGUCAGACUUUUCCUUGAGCGGGUAGCCGGGGGGCCGGAACAUAAUUAUAAAUAAUUUGUAUCCCAAACAGAUGUAGUAUUUGACAAAAGCAGAGUAAUUUCAAACCUUGAUUACGUUGGGAUACGAUCACAUAUGCCUCUAUGUGUGGGAAUACUUGAACAGAUUUCCUAAAUUUUAAAAUCAAUUUGAGCAAAUUUCCUGGUGAUUUUUUUACAGUCUUAUGUCCAAUAACAACAAUUACUAAAACUAAGUCGCUCUGGAUAAGAGCGUCUGCUAAAUGACUAAAAUGUAAAUGUAAUAAAACUUGUGGGGCCAAAUGAAAUCACAGGCGGGCCGCCCACUGAUGCUGUCCCUGUGGUGUUUUGUCCCAGUGACCGCUCCAGCCCCAGCCUGCAUGAGAUGGGUCACUUCGUCAUCCCAGCCACCUGUGAGCCCAGCAGACUACAGGUGUUCCUCCAGAGCAUGGCCUGGGAGGCCCGACAACGAAUGAAACACCGGAAACAGUGAGUGUCUCUGUCAGCCUCGUCUUCCUACCCUCCUACUUCCUACAUGUCUGUGUACAUUGUUGUAUUGAUCAUCCCUCUGUCUGUGUGUGUGACCCUGACCUAUGUCUGUCCCCCAGGCUGCAGGCAGAGGAGGAGGAGGUACUGCUCCACUGCCUGGAGGGUCUGGCCCUGAGGAGUCUGUCCAAGGAGCCCAGUGUCAGACACACCCAGAUGAUCCCCUGCUGCAGGCGGCUGCUGGAGGAACGCUCCCCCCUCAUGGAGGGCCUCCGGGUGGAGGUCUCCCACUUCUACUCUGUCAUGCAGGACGGGGACUUGUGCAUCCCCUGGGACUGGAAGGGCUGAGGGGACAGGGCAGGGGACAUGCUGCAGCACACCUGGUUGAACCAGACUGAAUGCUGUGUUCAC